GGAAGUGACAUAUAAUAAUUAAACAAACUCUGGUUUGAUACGAUUUAUUUAAACUCGAUUACACACAUAAUGUUUAGAUAGUGUUUAAUGCUUACAUAGUAUUUAGACCAGACGCGACUAUUAAGUUAUGCGUUUGACAACUUAACGCACGUCGUUGUUUACAAAUCAGUGUGUGCCUGAGCUGUGCUGGUGCGCAUGCGCAAUGUGAGCGGUGUCGCGCAUGCGCAGUGUGAGAAGCUUGCCUGAGGUAGCUAGUUUCACUUAGCGCAGCCGCGACGCUUUUUAUUUGUACCUCAGUGCAGUUUCCUUGCUGUUAUUUAGUCAGUACGGCUUUAUAAACAGUCCGGAAUCCGUUAUAACACCUAAUGGUGUACGUGAGGGGCAGCUAAUACGUUGGUGACAUUACUAAUUAAACAUUACUGUGUCCGGGCCACGCGAUGCACCAUGGAGGAGGUCCACCAAAUGCACAGAGAAAUCCGCAGAGAUCCAAAUCUUUCACAGGAUCUGAAGCAGAAGAGCAGCAGCAGCAACAACAGCAGCCAGUCACACAACAACAACCCACAACUGUCACUCAUCCGCAGUCACCGGUGACGACGUUUACCACGGCAGCAAGCCCAGCGGUCUCGGCUCCUCAGUCCCCCAACUACCAGAUCAUCAUGAGCCGGAGCCCCGUGGCUGGCCAGAACGUGAACAUCACCCUGCAGAACAUGGUCCCUGCGAACCAACAGAUCACGCUGACGUCUCUGCCGCUGCAAAGUCCUGCUUCGCCCGGUUUCCAGCACCAGGCUCCUCAGUGGCGGUUCGAGCACGGCUCGUCUUCGUACAUUCAAGUGACUUCGCCUCUUCCUCAGCCGAUUCAGCCUCAGAGUCCGACACAGCACAGCCCUGUUCCGCUGCAGGCUGUGACCAGGCCGGGCGCUGGAAUCAUGGUACGGCAGAUUAGUCUCAGCAGUUCGACCGGAAGUGGACACUUUGUGUACCAGGAUAAUACGGGCUUGACUCAGCUGGCUCCGACGACGGUCGGCACGGUGCAGAUGGCCGCCCCAGCCGUGACACCCGCGUCCCUGCGGGAGAGACGCCUCUCUCAACCCCACUCUCAGACCGGUGGCACAAUCCAUCACCUGGGCCCUCAGAGUCCUGUGGCAUCCGGAGCCACUCUGACGGCCUUAGCCAACCCCGGUCACAUCACUACUUCCAACCUUCCUCCUCAGAUCAGCAGCAUCAUCCAGGGACAGCUUCGGCCCGUCGUUGCAGGGGUCGCAGCAUCCGGAAUGACAUCCUACGGCGCAGUCCCUCCCUCCAGUCCGUCUCGGAGUAACGCAAACCCUCCGCUGACACCCAAAAAGGUUCAGCCCAAGAAGCUGGAGGAGAUAGCACCCCCUAACGCUGAGGUGGCUCAGCUGAGGAAGCAGUGUUUGGAGCAUCACGGCAAGAAGAUGGAAAGCCUGAAGGACGUGUUCAAGGACUACCUGAUCGAACUCUUCUUUCUGCAACAUCUACAAGGCAACAUGAUGGACUACCUCGCCUUCAAGAAGAAGCCGUGCGUGCCGCUCUACACCUACUUGAGGCAAAACGACCUCGACCUCGAGGACGAGGAGGAAGAAGAAGAACAAUCCGAAGUGAUCAAUGACGAGGGACACUGUGUGAGCGUUGCAUGUACGUCUGUUUCUAUGACAACCACUCAGGUGAAAGUAGUGACAGGAAAGGAUGGCCAGACGGUGACGCCCGUCGCCAUAGCCACCCAGCUCCCACCCAACGUGUCUGCGGCGUUCUCCACCCAGCCACAGUUUCAGCUUCAUCCUGGUUCUGCAGGUGGGAACAUUUCCAAUCCCGUGGACAUGGAGGCCUUCAAACGGCAGCAGGCUUUGGCUCAAGCAGAUCAGGCUAAGCGGUCCCGGAUCGAAGUGGUUCGCCACGGGAUGAUAUUCCAGCACCCCGUUGUAGCUCCUUUAGGAUCUCCCGGCGUUCCCCUCCAGCAGCUUAUGCCGACAGCGCAAGGUGGAAUGCCCCCGACGCCACAGGCAGUCCAGAUAGGGGGGCAGAACCAGAACCAGCAGCAGUACGACCCAUCCAAAGGCCCCCCGGUGCAGAACGCUGCCAGCCUUCACACUCCUCCGCCCCAGCUGCCGGGUCGACUUCCCCAAGCCGCGCUCCCUAUGGCGGCUCUGCCUCUCGCUCUGUCCCAGCCUCAGCCUGUGGUGCUGGAGCAGCAGUGCCAGGUUCCCGGCGGGCAGCUACAGCCACAGGUGAAGCUGCAGGGGGCAGCGGCUGUGCUGGCUGCGGUGAACCCUCACCCACAGCUGCAGAUGCAGCUCCAAAUACAGCAGCAGCAGCAGCAAACGCAGCCGAUCGUGCACCCGGGACAGGCCACUGUCGCGCUGGUCCGGCCUGGAGCGGAGACGACCCAGACGGCUCAGCGUCUGAUCCCCAACCCCACGUCCUCCUCCGUCAUGUCCAGCGCACCUUUAUCCUCUUUGCCCUCCCCUCUCCCGUCCGCUCCGGUCAGGGCUCCUGUGCCUCACGUGCUCUCUUCUGCCUUGCACUCUAAACUCACCGUCUCUAACGGCACCGCGGCGCCGAAGGUCUCCACGCUGAACCAGGGCUCGGCUGUAAACAACGUCCAGGAGAGCCCUCAGGACAAGCAGGCAGAGCAGGCUAAACUGGAGAACCAAGUGCACCAGCGCAUCGCUGAGCUGAGGAAGGAGGGACAGUGGUCUGCUAGUCGGCUCCCUAAACUUCAGGAAGCCAGUCGGCCCAAAUCGCACUGGGACUACCUGCUGGAGGAGAUGCAGUGGAUGGCUGCCGAUUUCGCGCAGGAAAGACGCUGGAAGAUGGCCGCCGCCAAAAAGCUGGUUCGCACUUGCGCUCGUUACCACGUCGAGGCGAGGAAAACCGACGAGAGGAAGAAGACAGAGGAGGAGCUGAGGUUGAGAAACAUAGCCGGCGUCAUCGCACGCGAAGUGGACUACUUCUGGUCCAACAUCGAACAGGUGGUGGAAAUCAAGCUCCAUCUGGAGAUCUUAUGCAAAAGACAGAAAGCACUCAGGCUACAGAAAUCAGGAAACAAAGGACAGAGCAGUAAAGCAGCUCCAGCUUCAGGGGAGAAGGACAGCAGGGUGGUGGAGUCUGUGAGCACUCGCAAGAGAAAGACGAGCAAGUCUCUUUCGGACGUAGAAGCUGAAGACGAGGAGAGCACGAUAGAGGAGCAGGAGGCCAUGGAAGUGGCUGCUGAGCAAAAAGAGGAGCUUGUUGAACUCACUAAGGAAGCCGAGGUGCCCCUGGAGACUCUGGUAAAGAAAUACGCCGGUGCAUAUGCUGAGGGAUUCGAGUGGCCCCAGCCUGCCUGCCAGAGUGAGGACGAGGAGAAAGAUGAAGACAGGGACAGUUGUCCGUUGGGAAGCCCUCACGAGCCGGUUCUCAUCGACACGCUCCUGAGCGACGAGCAGUACCACGGAUCCGAACGGAGCAGCAGCGCCUCAGGAACCGACGGCAAACCCAUGAAGGAUAUAGCAGAAGUGUCUCGGGCUACAGACCUGAUCCUACCUAAAGGCAGCGCUAGGACAACACCCAUCACUCGUCUUCCGGUGCCCUCCCUCCUUCACGGCACUCUGAGAGAUUACCAGCAGGUGGGUGUCGAGUGGCUGGCUAACCUGCACCGGAAACAUCUCAACGGCAUUCUGGCAGACGAGACCGGACUUGGGAAGACCGUCCAGACCGUGGCCUACCUCGCGCACCUCGCUUGUCAUGAAGGUAUUUGGGGCCCUCACCUGGUGGUGGUAAGAACAUGCAAGUUGCUAAACUGGGAACUGGAGUUCAAGCGUUGGUGCCCUGGCCUCAAAAUCGUUUUGUACUUGGGCAGCAAGAGAGAGCGCAGAUACAAACGAUCGUGGUGGUCCGAGCCCAACGGCUUCCACGUUUGCCUCACGUCGUACAAGCUGCUGCUGAAGGACCAGGCUCACUUCAUGAAGAGGCGCUGGAGGCACCUGGUGCUGGACGAAGUGCAGCUGAUCAAGAACAUGACUGAGAAGCACUGGGAAACCAUCUUUAAGCUCAGGAGCCAGCAGAGGAUCCUGCUGAUCAACAGCCAACUAAAGAACACACUGCGAGAGAUGUGGACCAUGACACACUUCCUCCUGCCUGGGAUCACACGCUCGUACCUGGACUUUCCCAUCCAACCAGGAACAGACCAAAACCAGGACUACUGCCACAAACUGGUCAUCAGACUAUACAGGAUGAUUCAGCCCUUCAUCCUCCGUCGCUCCAAGAGAGAUGUGGAGAAGCAGCUGCCUAAGAAGUACGAGCACAUCCUGAAGUGCCGUCUCUCUGCCAGGCAGAAGAGCAUGUACGAGGACAUCCUCACGCAGACCAGUGCUCAGGAGGCUCUAAAGACAGGACACUUUGUAAGCGUGCUCCAGGUUCUAAUGCAGCUGCAGAGGAUCUGUAAUCACCCAGAUUUGAUCCAGAUCAGAGACACCUCCAGCUCGUACACAUGCCAAAGCCUUCAGUACAACACGCCAUCUUUACUGCUCACAGCUCUGCAGAAGGACCAGUGGAAGACCGUAGACUUGUCCCUUUUCGACCUGAUCGGUAACGAGGGCAGACUGACGCGCUUCGAGACGACAGACGUUCUUCCCAAACUCAGACUCAGUCAGCAGCUCAUCGAGGAGAUCCACAGCGCACCCGCCCCUCCCCCCAGACCCAAAGCGUGCAAGAUCAAGCCCAUGAGGUUGUUCCAACCAGUGCAGUACGGGACGAAACCCGAGGGGCGUCUCGUGCCCCUGGUCAGCACUUCACAAGGCCAGCGUUCCGCCGCUACCACCACUGCUACCCCCACCACCACUUCUACCCCUACUGCUGUUGCUCAGAACACCCAGGCCAGGGGCAAAUCCCCUAUUACCACCACCUCAUCCGCUCAGGCCAGCAGCACACCAGGACUUGCUGUUGCAGCUGCUCCCUCCACUACCACGUCUACCCAUGUGGCUUUAGGUGUAGCAGGGGUGGGUGCCGUAGCCCCCAGACCUUCUGUUGCUCCUCAGCCUCUAUCCACCCACUCCCUACUACCCCAGAGACUGCUCCUCAGCUCCCAGGCCCAGGCUCGCUUGCCUAGCGGAGACGUGGUGAAAGUGGCCCAGUUGGCGUCUCAGAGUCGGAUAGCACAAACCGAGACCCCGGUCACACUGCAGUUUCAGGGCAAUAAGUUCACGUUGUCACCCAGCCAGCUGCGUCAGCUCACCACAGGACAGCCUCUUCAGCUCCAAGGAAACAUUCUGCAGAUCGUCUCGACCCCAGGACAGCCGAUCCUCAGGCCCCCGGGUCCCUUGGUGAUGCAGCCGAUGCCGCAGCCAGUUCCUGUUCAGAACUCCACAGGUCCUCCUGCGCUCCCUCCACCCACCCCUGCACCUCCACAGGUCGCCGUGGCUGCUGGUGAUACGGCUUCAAGUUCUGAUGCCAGGAGCAAUGCAAAGCCCUCCACUAAUGCUGCACCACAGGAGUCAAGCGAGGAGAAAAACAGGCAGCUGAAGGAGCGUCUAACGCGUCUGUUCGGCGUUAACGAGCGACGUGUUCAGCGUUCUGUCCUGUACGGUGCAGACCUCAUCGAGACUUGCUCCGUGACCAGGGGACGCGCUCCUCCUCCUCUCUGUGCGCCCCUGCACUCCCGCUGGACCUGGGUGGGCAGAGACGCCUGUCUGAAAGCACAACAGAACAGUGUUUACACAACAGACUCACUUCGCUCAGCUCUUCAGUCCCAUACAGACAGAUUACAGGAAGGAGACAGCCUUGUCAAAAGGCUGUCGUGUAUCCUUCCUACCGCUGUAGCUCCGCCCCCUCAGCUUUACGCAGCCGACCCACCGCCGCCGUACAGUCUGAAGCAGAAGGCGUUCGUGCGGCAGCUUCGGGAAGUCUCCGCCCCUUUUAACUCUGAGAUCCGCGCUCUGUCCUGCCCGACUUUGUUUGAGCUUCCUGACAAACACCUGCUGGAAAUGGACUCAGGCAAGUUGGAGGCAUUGUCGAUCCUGCUGCACAAACUCAAGUCAGAGGGCAGGAGAGUUCUUAUCUUCACUCAGAUGGCCAGCAUGCUGGACAUUCUGGAGGCUUUUCUGGACCGGCGUCAUUUUACAUUCGUCCGCCUGGACGAGAGCCUGUCCCAUCACGAAAGACAGGAUCAGAUAAAGGUGUUCAACUGCAACAGACAGUUUUUCUGCGCCAUCCUGACCAACCGGUGCUGCUCCGCCGUGGGUCACGUGUUCGACGCGGACACGGUCGUGUUCUACGACACGGAUCUCAACCCCAGCAUGGACGCCCGGACGCAAGAAUGGUGCGACAGGGUCGGACGCUCUAAAGACAUCCACAUCUACAGGCUGGAAAGUGGAAACUCGAUAGAGGAGAAACUACUGAAGAACGGCACUAAGGACCUGAUCAGGGAAGUGGCAGCUCAAGGCACAGACUACACACUCGCUUUCCUCACACAGCGCACCAUCCAGGACCUGUUUGAGGUAGAAGCUGGAUCUGGAGAGAAGGUAGAGGAGUUUGUCGUACUCCACCAGGAACCGUCACCGUCGGAAUCCAUCCCUCCGCACGUAGCCAGGCCGUACAUCCAGGCCCUCAACACUAUCACGCUGCACACGCUUCACCCAGAGCACAGAACGGAGCAGAAAGUGCUAGCGAAAGGAGAGAAACAAACGGAGCAGGACGAGGAAGAGGGCGAGGUGACCGAGGAGGCGUCUCAGCUAGAGGAGCUGGCGUCUGUCGUAGAGCAGCUGACUCCUAUCGAGAGAUACGCGCUUCAUUGCCUGGAGUAUCUUCACGUCGCUAACGACGAGGCCGUCGCUAAGGAACGCACCGAAGCUUCUAAACGAGUCUGGGAGAUGCGGCAGCAGCAGAAGCGAAAGCGUGAAGAACAGGAGCAGGCCGCGCUAGAGGACGAGGAAGAUCUCUUCACCUACACCAGAGAGGAUGCCUACAACAUGGAGUACGUGUUCGAGUCUACAGACGGUCAGACAGAAAUCAUGCCGCUGUGGACGCCACCGACGCCACCUCAAGACGAUAACGACAUCUACAUCGACUCCGUCAUCUGCCUGAUGUAUGACUCCGCCCCCAUGCCUGAGUCUAAACUGCCCCCGGUGUACAUCCGGAAGGAGCACAAGAGACCCAAGAUGGACCCGUCAUCCAUGGGCCGUAAGAAGAAGAAGGGUCACGGUGAGACGGUGAUCCCACCGCGGUCGCUCUUCGAUAAGGCGAGCAUGUUGAAGGUGCGGCGAGAAGGAAAGGACCAGAAGAAGAACUUCUCUCUGAAGCAGCAGGCUCCGUUCGCCAAGCCGCUGCCCUCGCUGGUCAAACCCACCAUGGAGCCGGGACAGGACAAUCCAGAGUGGCUCAUCAGUGAAGACUGGGCUCUGCUGCAGGCUGUGAAACAGCUACUCGAGCUCCCUCUGAACCUGACCAUCGUGUCACCGGCUCACACACCGAACUGGGACCUGGUGAGCGACGUGGUCAGCUCCUGCAGCAGGAUCUACCGCUCGCCGAAACAGUGCCGCAGCCGCUACGAGAACGUCAUCAUCCCCCGCGAGGAGGGCAAGUUAAUUUACGAAGCUAAUCCCAAGAAGAAGACCAAGAGCACCUAUAAGACGAAGAACAGCCGCCCGCUGCGCACGUGUCAGAUCUACACCCAGGACGACAACGCCACCCAGAUCCAGCUCUACAACAACCGCUUCGAGCUCAUGAAGAUCAUCGCCAGCAAGAGGAGUCCUCCGAUAAAACCUCUGCUGGGACUGAAUCCGUUCCAGAAGAACCCUAAACAUGCUUCUGUCUUGGCUGAAAGUGGGAUCAGCUAUGAUAAACCCCUGCCUCCUAUCCAGGUGGCCUCUCAGAGAGCAGAGAGGAUCGCUAAAGAGAAGAAGGCUCUGGCAGAGCAGCAGAGGGCUCAGCAGUUAGCUCAGCAGCAGACAGCAGGAGCGACCCCAGGGACUCCAGGGGCAACCACUCAGCCUCAAGCCCAGCCACAGGCUGCUCCUGCCGGUCUACAGGCCACUGGAGUUCCUCAGGGAACCCAGCAAGGAGCUUCCGCAGUCCCGAACACCGCCGUGCUGACUGGAACCAUCAAGACCGCAGCUACUAACACAGGCAUUCAGACAGCAGCUGCAGUGGGAGGGAACGUGAUCGUGAACACCGUAGCCAGCGUAUCUCCAGGCCAGUUUCAGGGAAACAAGCGGCUCGCUUCUCCCGUCAUUUCUGGAGCUUUAGCUGUCACAGGUGCUGCAACAGCUCAGGUGGUUCACAACCAGCAGAGGGCUGUCGCUUCUGUCCCCGCUGCCACCUCGGCUGAAGUUGUGGCCAUAGCGACCAGCCAGGGUGUCCGUGCCGUAACCCCGGUGACCGCCUCGGCUGUGGUGUCCUCGAGUCUGACUCCGGUGUCACAGGCACGCUCGCUCGUCGCUCAGGGGUUGUCCCAGGGGAAGCCGAUCACUCAGGCUCAACUGCAGAUCAUUAGGCAGCAGCAGCAGCUCCAACAGCAGCAACCACAGCAGCAGCAGCAGGCUGGUUCUCCUCAGAUAAAAGCAGUGAACAAACCACAGCAGAUUCAUAAGCAGAAGCUGCAGGUAGUAGCUGCUCAGGGACAGCAGUCCACCGUUACCCAGCAGGUCCAGGCCGCUCCGACACCGCAGACCAGCACGCAGCUCACUCCGGUGGCCGCCGUGCCCAGACCUGGUGCCGUGCUCACGGGGACCACGGCCCCUAGUCUGCAGGUGGCUAGACUGACGCGAGUCCCGGCUUCGGGCACCAUCACAGCUCAGGCGGGGCAGACGGCCCAGGUGACUCUGACCAAACCUCCUCCGGUGGUGUCCGUUCCAGCCGUGGUGUCUUCCACCGGAGUCACGACGCUGCCGGUGACCGUCGCUGGAAUCAGCGUGGCUAUAGGACAGCCCCAGAAAACAGUGUCCGUUGGGCCUGUGGUAGGUUCAUUCCAGGUUCAGCAGUUGUUGCAGCGACAGAAGCAGCAGGCGGCACCACAACAGAAAGUAGCACAACCUCAACAGACGCAGGCCGCAGUACAGCAGAAGUUGGCCACUCAGCAGGCGGCUCAGGGCCCACAGAAGGUGACGUACACAACCACACAGCUGCAGCCGGGCAUUAAGACUCAGUUCUUCACUUCUCUCUCUGCCCCGGCACAGAAGUCUGCCACUACACAGCAGAUCCAGGUGACUAAAAUCCCUCAGAUUGCAGUGCAACAGCAGAUAGUGUCCUCUCCCCAGCAGAUCCAGGCCCAGCCUCACACAGUAACUCUCACCCAGACGGCUGCUGCUCCCGGAUCGUCUCCUCAGGCUCAGGUGCAGAUGAUCCCCACAGGCUCCACCUCUGCCCCACAGGUUGUCCAUCAGAAACUCCUCCAGCAGCAGCAGCCACAGCAGCAGGUUGUCACCACACCAGCUCCCGUCUCCUCCCCUCAGAUUCAGGUUCCGGCUCCUCAAAGCCCCGCGCAGCAGCAGAGCUCCACAGUGACCCCUACAGCCGACGCACCGGUACAGCAGCCUGGAACGCCACAGCCUCAACCGGGCAAAGCAAACGCACGUGCAGGAGCCGCCAUGCGCGCCAAAACACCCGCCAAACCCAGCGGAGGCAGCUAGACACACACGCGCGUGCACACACACACACACACACACACACACACACAUGGAUAAUCACACUGCUUUAUAUCCUCACAGGUGUGUGUGAGUUCAUUCAGACGACAUCCACUGUGCGUUCCUGUCCAGUGUCCUAAUCAUCGUGUUAUCAAGCUAAACAGAGACACUACGGACAGCAGUGAAACAGGCUUUUUCACAUAUAUGCGUACACACACACACACACACUUUCUCUCCACAGUGUGGAAGUUUUACAGGAUUCUUAUGCUGUAAAAUGCUUGUUGUUGUUGUUGUUUUUUUUCCUUUUUCUUCUACCACACCCACCUUUCUUUGUUUUAUACACCCGUUACGCAUUUAUUAUCCUCGGAAGAAACUACGAACGAAUCUGUACGACCGUCAGGGGUAGGCAAACUCUCGUUCUCUCUUUUCGUGGCAAAUUGUUCUGCCGUUUAUAUAGAGAUCCUAUAAAGCCUCACGCUGUCGAAUUGUAAUCGGUAGCUGAUCGGAUGAUUACCCUGUAACACCGAGAUUCGAUUGGUUAAAAGGGUUUAUUCCGGUCACAUUGCCCCACCCCUACCAUCCUACCAGCCAUGAUUAGGUUUUGAGCUGAUCAGAUGAAUCAAGUGUGUGUGUGUGUGUGUGUGUGUGUGUGUGUGUGUGCGCGGUUCAAGUCAAAAGCCCCAGGAACUGGUUGAAGAUUUUAGAUACCUCAUGUAAUUUGUACACUUUAUAUAGCUGAACGUCCUCCUUAGUCGUGGCCAGUUAGGACCCGUAGCGUGUGAACAACCCGGUCGGGAUGUAGGAUUAACGAGCGAACCAGGUUUAAAUAAGUAUCGGGAACAGAAGUCUUUAGAGCAGUAGAGGUGACGAGGUAUUCGGUGUUCUGGACGCUCUCGCACGUCGUCUCGUAGCGAGUCGUGUGUUAGACUUGUCGUAAACGUGUGAUCGUCGUGUGAUGUACUAGAGACGCACCAAUCCACAAUGGAGUAGGAGAUCGCUACAGAUUUGAUCGUAUAUCGCAGAGGGAUUUAAAAAGAAAUGAAAAUGUUCUUUACAAUUAAUCUAGUCGCCAGUUCACAAAAAUAACCCCAAAAUGCCAUCAAGAAAUAUGUCGGUAUCGGUGCAGUGUGUAAUCUGGAAAGCGACAGGAGUGGUGUGUGUGUGUGUGUGUGUGUGUGUGUGUGUGUCACCGGACGUUUCAUAAUAAACCGCUCAUGACGUCUCUGAUCAGCAACAGACGGAGUGCAAAUGAUCUUUUCCUCUUCGUGUGCGUGUUGUUGUUUUUUUUUGUUGUUGUUGUUUUUUUUAAUUCUGUAUCAGUUGCACUGUAAAAUCGUGUUGACGUGUCUGUAACGUUUCAUCCACCCCUUCAUAUAUUUGUCUUUUUAUUCAUUCUGAGGAACAAAUGUGUAAAUAACAGAAGGGAAGACGUUUGUAACUGUAAAGCAGUUGUGUUUUCAUUGGUUUUCUUUUUUUUUUUUUCUUUUUUUUUUUCCAACUCUAUAUAAAGUGUUGUUUUUAUACCAA